AGAAGAAAAAGAAGCCGAAGAAGAAGAAGCGUUCAGUACCCGGGGGCUUGACGCGGGAAACCGGAGAAUAGAAGAGCUUAAUCGUUGAAGUUAUCUCUGUGUUCACAUCAAAUAUCUUCACCUCCGGGAAACACGAUUAUUAUUAUUUAUAAAGUCGCUCUUCACCCAAAAGAUGGGAGACACUCUGGAGUUUAAUGACAUUCACACAGAGCAGAAGGGAUCUUGGAAUGAUGGCCGGCUGAGGUUCAGCAAGCAGUCUGUGGUCUAUAAAAGCCAUAAAACAGGGAAGGUGGACAGUAUCCCGGUCCCUGAGCUCUCUGCGGCCCAGUGGCGUCGCGUCUGUCUGGGUCAUGGGAUCAAACUGGCCACCAGCACCGGACACGUCUACAGAUACGACGGCUUCAAAGACACAGAUUUUGAGAAAAUCUCAGCAUUUUUUAAAACAAACUACAAGGUUGAGUUGGCGGAGAAGGACAUGUGUGUGAAGGGCUGGAACUGGGGCACUGCCAAAUUCACAGGGUCUCUGCUGUCGUUUGAUGUGAGCGACAGUCCCGUCUUCGAGAUCCCGCUGUCCAGCGUAUCCCAGUGUGCAACGGGGAAGAACGAGGUGACGGUGGAGUUUCAUCAGAAUGAUGACGCGGAGGUGUCCCUCAUGGAGGUCCGCUUCUAUGUGCCGCCCAACACCGGAGACGACGGCUCUGACCCUGUGGAGGCGUUCGCUCAGAAUGUUCUUUCGAAGGCAGACGUCAUCCAGGCUACUGGAGACGCUGUGUGUAUCUUCAAAGAGCUUCAGUGCCUUACACCGAGAGGAAGGUAUGAUAUCCGUAUCUACCCCACCUUCCUGCACCUGCACGGUAAGACGUUUGAUUAUAAGAUCCCCUACACCACCGUCCUGCGGCUCUUCCUGCUGCCGCACAAGGACCAGAGGCAGAUGUUCUUUGUGAUCAGUCUCGACCCGCCCAUUAAACAGGGUCAGACGCGUUAUCAUUUCCUCAUCCUCCUCUUCUCCAAAGAUGAAGAGCUCAGUAUUGCUCUGAACAUGAGCGAGGAUGAGGUGGAGAAGCGUUAUGAAGGUAAGCUCAGUAAGAACAUGUCCGGGCCGCUCUACGAGAUCGUCAGCAGGGUCAUGAAGGCUCUGGUCAACAGGAAGAUCACGGUGCCCGGAAACUUCCAGGGUCACUCAGGGUCUCAGUGUAUAACGUGUGCGUAUAAGGCGAGCUCAGGGCUGCUGUAUCCUCUGGAGCGAGGCUUCAUCUACGUGCACAAGCCACCGGUUCACCUGCGCUUCGAGGAGAUCUCCUGCGUUAACUUCGCCAGAGGAACCACCACCACCCGCUCCUUCGACUUCGAGAUCGAGACCAAGCAGAAUAACCAGUACACCUUCAGCAACAUCGAGAGGGAAGAAUAUGGAAAACUCUUUGACUUUGUCAAUGCCAAGAAGCUGAACAUCAAGAACAGAGGAUUUAAAGAGGGCAUGAAAGGAGCAGACGGCUACAGCGACUCUGAUGAAGACCAGCAUGACGCUUACCUGGAGAGAAUGAAAGAAGAGGGCAAGAUCAGAGAGGAGGGAGACGGCAGCGACGAUUCAGAGGGCGAUAGCGAUGAGUCUUUCAACCCUGGAGAAGAGGAUGACGAUGUCCCAGAAGAGUAUGACAGCAAUGCUUCAGUGAGCGACAGUGAAGCAGAUGAUGGAGACAGCGAGGAAGAAAGCAAGAAGAAAAAACCUGAAAAGAAGUCCAAGAAAGUGGUGAAGGAGAAGAAAGAGAGGAAGCCACGGAAAGAGAAGAAGGUGAAGGACCCCGGGGCUCCGAAGAGGCCGAUGAGCGCUUACAUGCUCUGGCUGAACGGCAACCGAGAGCGAAUCAAGAGUGAGCAUCCUGGGAUAUCAGUCACUGAAAUCUCCAAGAAGGCUGGAGAAAUGUGGAAACAGCUGAGCAAAGACCGCAAAGAGGAGUGGGACAGAAAAGCUGAAGAGGCCAAGAAACAAUAUGAGAGAGCCAUGAAAGAGUACAGAGAGAGUGGAGGAGGAGCGGCACCUGUUACUAAAGAAAAGAAGAAGAAAGGAGGGAAGGUGGAACCUAAGAAGAAGAGCGUAGGAGAAAAGGAGAAAAAGAAGGAAGUUGGAAACGAGAGCUUUAAGAGUAAAGAGUUCAUCUCCAGCGAGGAGAGCUCUUCUGAUUCCGAUCACGACAGAGGCAGCAAACGCAAGGCUUCUGAUGAUGAGGAAGAAGCAUCCACACCCGCCAGCUCAGAGGAGUCGGGAUCUGACUGAUGAUUACUGACAGCACAGAGACAUUUCCACAUCUCAGGUUUCACAGAGAAUAACUGAUGCUUACUCGGACCAAGACCUUCUACUUCUGUGCCUCUAAGCACAUUUUUACACCUAUUUUUCCAUUCAGACUGAGAACCUGGAAAUAGACGGGUAACAUUUUUCCUUCCUUUGAGAGCAUUUUUUUUUUUUUUUUUUAGUAGACAGACUUAAUUCAGGGAAGUGUGGAUAUAUUUUUUGCCUACUUUUUAUUUCCCCCCCCCCCCCAAAAUGGUAAGACUGCACUUCAGUAAAUGUUUUGGUUAUUUCGAU